CACAUAUUGACACUUGAGUGGGCGCCGGUUGGUAUUCUCCUCGGGCUUACCGUCGGUCGUUACUUUUCCUUUACUCCCCCUAUAAACGGGGUUGAGGGGGUGCCGUCAUUUUCACGCUUUCAGUUUGGUGAACCUUCGCUUGUGCCUUUGGUGCUGACACACGUUGGUUCGUGAUUGGCGCUUUACUUCCGAAGGUUGAGAGAGAGAUCUUGGGCAUUUUGCGGCAUUGUGGGUUUUAUUGCCAUUUUUGUUAGUCUAGUACUAUUGUUUACUGUCAUGUUUGAUUUUGCAAUGGAGUUUUGGUAGGGAUGGAUCGCGUGAAUAUAACUGCAGCACCAACCGAAGGUGGCAGCAGUGUUUUCCAGCCGGAAGUUCAAAGUCCGUUGGGCAAAGGCGAAGAAGAUAUUUCGCAAGUGGAGGCUGAUCCUUCGGAAUUGAUGGGGCGGGAUAAGCCUCUUCCAACAUUGAUGUUUGGGACCUCAUUGGUUACAAAUGCUCUUGUGGAGUCUUACAUCAAGAAGGGUAAUUUUGAGCGUGGUGUUUGUCGUGCUCCCAAAGGUGAGGAAACCCCUGAUCCUCGAGAGGACGAAUGUGUGGUUUUUCGGGACUUCAUUGUUGCUGGGCUAUGGUUUCCUUUGGAUCCUGCUGUGCCAAUGUUUUUUGAGAAGUUUGAUUUAAGAAUGCACCAAUUGACACCUAAUGCCAUCGUGCAACUAUCUAAGUUUUUUUGGGCUGUGAAGACCUUCGGAGGGCCCGUGAGUGUGGAUGCAUUCUGUAGGCUGUAUGAGAUGCAUCCACUGGGAAAAAGGGUAUCAUUUGAGGAUGAUGAUCAGAUGUACACUGCUCAGAGUGGUUGUUGUUCCUUUCACCCUAGGAGAGGGAACAAGACUCAAAAGAUUGAGCAAAUUGAGAUUUCGUAUUGCCAAAAGAAUAAGUGGGAGUAUGAUUGGGUGCAGUAUUGGUUUUAUGCCAAUAUUGCGUUUCCAGCUUCCGACCCUUUUGCAGAGCCUACAUAUCCACUUGCUUCGAAGGUUCUUCCUUUCAAUCAUGUUUCUAAGGCAGAAUUCAAGAGAACAACUACUGGUUUUAGAGAAUGUUGUGCUGCCUUUGCACUGUUGCCCAUGCCAUUGGUGGGCGUGACCUCGUGGAGAAGUUUACUAUUGCGAAGGUCUGGCCUUUGACUGUUAACUGGCUACCGGACGCUUUUUUGAAGGUUAGGUUUGAUGGGUUGGGAGAUGCUCUCCCAUACCCAAACUUUGAUCUCAUUAAGCCUGAGGGGGUCACUGACGACCUGAUCAUGGAGGAGAUGGAACAAGAGGCUAUUGUGCUUGUUGGACAGUACAAUUCGAAGGAACACGAUUCAUUUGUUGAUUGCUGUCCCGAUCAGGUUCGAGUGAACCGCUGUCUGAAAGAAAUGAAGGUUGUGUACGGUCUGCAAGGAGCUCCUCGGGAGAAGAGGGGUAGAGGGGCUGGCUCAUCGUCAGCCGCUACUGGCGUGACUGACGAACCAGAGGCGAAGAAAGGGAAAAAGUCGCUUCCGACGGCGAGCGGGGCUCAACAGGCGAAGGUUGCUGCUGAGAAACCUUCGCGGGUUGCUGUCCCGAGGCCGUCGACUGGUAGGCCUUCGCAGGCACCAGCCUCAAAGAGCUACGUGAAGAAGGCUGAGGCCGCAAAGAGGGAAGAGCCAGAUAGCAUCGGCUGAGUGAUCUUGGAGCUCCACAAGGGUUCAAAGGAUCCACCACGCACGAUGAGUUUGCUUGACGAUGAAGAUGAAAGUGACGAGGAAGUGGAAGCUGAUGUUGCAAAGGCCCUAGGGCUCGAUGCAGCGAGAGGCGCUGCAAGAAAAUUUGGCACGGAAUUGCCGAAGGUUGGGGCUUCAGUUUCUUUGCCGGAGGUUUCGGUCUCUGCUCCCGUUGAAGGCGAAGAUACCGUCAAAGCUGAUCGGAGUCCGAGGGUUUCCCCUCCUCUAGAGGGUCACAACACGCAACAUUUCUCGGAGCUUGGUAGGAUUUCUACUCCUCGGCGUCUCAUGUUUCAGGGGCCGGAUAUUGACCCUUUUCUUCGAUAUGCACUUGAAGUAGAUAUUGUGAAAUGGAUGAUAGAGCUUCGUGGCAUUACUGGGGGACUGGGUGCCCAUGGAGCCUCCGCGUCUGCUACAUCAAGCUCACAGGCUAUGACCCUUCCCAUGGAAUUUGAAAAUUUCGAUGUCGAAGAGUUUCAAAGGGGCUUGAGCAUGUACAGUACAGAAUAUUUGGGUCGUAUUACGACCUCACUAUGCCUGAAGGCCUUGCUAGCCAGCCGAGCGACGGUGCAGGGAGCCAAGAAGGAUGAGGCUCAUCGGCUUGAUCAUUCGAUAGAGAUCCUUCGGCUAGCCGAAGAAAACAAGAAGCUUCAGGAGGAGAAAGGAAUUAUGGAGAUCCUUCGAGGAUUGUUCAGCGAGCAGGACUAAGGUUUAUUGAAAAAAGUCGAAGAGCAAGAGCAGAUGUUGGAGAGAAAAUAGAAAAUCAUAGAUGACAACGACGGGGUAUUGGAUAAGCUCUAGGCUCAGGUCGAGAAGGACUAUACAAAAAUUGCUAGCCAUGAGGCUGGUAACGCUCACUUGAAGCCUGAGUGUUUAAAGGGGGAACAAGAAAUUGAUCUCCUUCGUAAAGAAGAUGAAGAGGAACAUGCUCUGAUGGGAGGCGCUGUUCAGGAGAUAGCCGAGAAGAGUGAGGCGAUUUAUGAAGAAUACAAAAGGGCCUUAGCUACUUUCGGAGCCGAACAUGCCGCUCUGGAGACUAAGGCAGAGGGGGGAAGAUCCGGCCUAUUAGAUUGGCUUCUCGCGUAGUUUAAAGUUUUGGGGGGAUAUCUUGAACAUGACCUCCGACAACUCGGCGGUUGUGUCAUGUGAGAGUGUCCUUGCCAUCUUAGAUCGCGAGGGUUGCCAAGAACUGCAACGAAUUGCUUCCCGGGACUAUGCCUUCCCCUCGUAUUCGGAUCUUGAGGCUAACAUUGCUAAUAUCCAACCGAUGAAGAAGGCUUUUUUGCGAAGGUUUUUUGGAAGGCUUCGGGGAGGGCUGCUGUGAAGGAGAUUGCUCAGCGUAAACUGGAUGAAGUUUGUUGAGAUGUUUUUUUUUUCAGGAAUGCUGGAUUAAUAUUUAUGCUUGAGGUUGCCUUAUUUCUCUUAGGUGAAGAAGGCUUGGGAAGCUGGCAAGGAGGUUGUCGAAGAGGAGGCUCAGAAAGAGAGUGAUGCCGGUGGUUCUGGUGGUAAGACGACUGAGGGUGUUGGGGGAAGCGACGCUGCUUCGGGAAGCCCGAAGGUGUAGAUAGCUGUUUUAGGGCUUGUGAUUUUUUGGAGAAGAAACUUUUGCUGGUUGACGUUGAUGUAAGGUAUUCCCAAUUUGUGGUUAGGCAUUUGUUUCCGCAAGUGGUGUUCUUGAAGUUUGCCCGUUGCGGAUUCAUUCAGAAGGAAUUGUGAUAACGGAACGGCUUGGGAGCGAUAUAGCUUCGCGCAUCCUGGCGCUAGUGUGGCGGAGUUUUUGGAGUGGUCGGGUAGUGGCUCCAUUUAAUAUACCUAUGGUGAAGGUGUUUGUAUGUAUGGGUUUGGUGAAUGAUGUGUAAAUCUUAAUCUUGGUUUCUGUUUUAUGUGCUAACCCGAGGUUUGGUAUCCA